AAUCAGCCAAUUCCGGUUUCAAAAUGGCAACUCCAUAGUUAGAUAAAUAUUUAUUUUUUAAUAAAAAAAAAAUAAAUCAUUUUAUUUACUGUAGUAAUUAAAAAAUAGUUGAGGAACAAUGUCCAGCGGUAAACGGCCGGCAGAGGAAUCUGCUAGCUCUACAGCUGGCGCACCAGCAGCAAAGAAAAUGGCUAUACCCUAUGACAGCCUACAAUUGGGAAAGAUAUACUCACUUGUUAGUUCAUCACUGGAAGAACUUGACAUGAAAGUUCUGGUGUUUCAAAAUAAAAAGUUAGCAGAGAGGAUUGAACAACGUAAAAAGGCUGAAACAGAGUUACGGAAGCGUAUUGAACAACUAGAGAACAGACAACGUACAGACGAUGCUGUGCUCAUGAUUGUGAAUCGUUACUGGAAUCAGUUGGAUGAAGAUGUUCGUGUUUUGCUUCAGCGAUUCGAUGCAGAAACUUCUGAUGAGACAGAAACAAAAAAUGAAAGUAGUGAACUGACAUCUUUCUUAACACUGUUAUCUACAUGGGACAAACAGGAACUGGAAGAGAAGCUUGGUCAGCGUGUGGAGUUCUCAAAGCGUGCUAUAGGGAAGCUUCUUCAAGCGUUCGACAGAAUGCUGCAAAGAAAUGAAAAACUACAUCAUGCUAUUGAUGAAAAAAUUGAACAGAAUGAAAAGGACUCAAUGCUUGAAGAUGGUAAAACAGAAGAGGACAAGGAAGAGAAAGAAGAAAAGAAAGAUGAAGGUAAUGAAGAAGAAGAAGAAAAAGAAUUAAAGAAGGAAGGUGAAGAGCCUGAAGAAAAGGCCAGUAAGACAGAUGAGGAGAUGCCUGAAGUGAUAAAGGAAGAAGAGAAAGAAGAAAAGGUCCCAGAGAUGAGUUUGUCUGAUAUAGUGAAGGGAGAAUUGGCGGACCUGAGAAAAGAGACCAAGCAGCUACACAAUCUUGUGACGCAGCUGCACCAGCGUCACCAUGAACACACUCUCCAUAUCUCUGAGUUACAAGACAAGCUGACGGCCUCUGAGACAGAGAUAGCUGAGGUAAAAAACAAGCUGGAUGACCUGGAGUACAUGUAUGAAAAAUCUGAAUACAAGACAGACAGUUUGGAGCGCAGGCUAGCAGAGGUCACAGAGAAGUUACAGUUUUACCAGGAGACAACUGGCAACAUGCCCCUCUCUGGACUUAAAAAUCUGCCAGGUGUACCAACAGGGAGGUUGGAUGAAAUUCUGUCUGAGCUAGAGGAACACAAGGAGCUCUCUACCAACAGGCUGAUGGAGUUAGAAAAAUUGAGUGCAGACUACCAAGAGACACUAACAGAGGUCGAAAAGCUUAAAAUGGAUCUACAACACCUGCCAGAGAAUGUCAUUCUUGAGACAACAGAAUACAAGUGUUUGCAGUCACAGUUUUCUGUUCUGUACAAUGAAAGCAUGCAAAUUCGAACUCAGUUAGAGGAAAUCAGAAAUCAGAUGACCAUCAACAAAAACAAUCAUGGACGGCAGAUAGAACAAAUGGAGAUUGAUGAAUUAGAGGGCCAGAAACGACUGAGAACAGAAAUGAUUCAAGUGGAGGACAAUUUGGCCCAAACCAGGAAGGAAUAUGAUAUGUUGAGGAUAGAGUUUGAACAGGCUAUGGCAGCUAAUGAUCAAAAUUUGACGAUUAAUCGUGAAAUGCGAAACCUAAUUCAGAGUUUACAAAAUCAUAACCAGCAACUCAAGAUGGAGUCAGCUAGAUAUAAACGGAGACUUAGAGAAGCACAAGCAGAAAUUCAUAAGUUAAAACAAGAACUUGCCACAGUCAACCCUCCAACAUCAUCAUCGUCAUCAACAACAACAACAGCUUCAGUCCCCUCAUCCGCUACCUCUACAGCCACCACAGCCACCACCCCAUCCACAGGCACCUCACCUGCCACAGCAGCUGUAACACCUGCAGACAACAAAGACAACAUCACCCACAUUAAGGAAGAGGCCCAGCUCUCACCUGUUAAAACAGAACCAGGCACAGCACCUCUUCCCAUCAAAAAGGAAGAAGGGGAAAUCCCCACAACUCCAGUGAAGAAAGAGGAGGAGGAUGAUGAUUAUAGAGACUUGAAAAAUGGCAAGAAUGAUCCCGAAUUGGUGAAAGAUUUAAGGAAUCAACUCAAAAAAUCACAAGACAAUGUCAGAGACCUGAAACUUUUGUUAGACACAUAUAAAGCAGCCCCUAAGGAACAGCGAGAGAAAAUUCAAUUGAUGUCAGCGGAGAAGAAGGCGAGACAGGAAGUGGAAGAGUUGAAAGCUCACAUUAAAAAGAUGCAGGAGAGUGAAAGGAGGGAGAGGAGGAAGCUGGCAGAUGAGGACGCUAUGCGGAAAAUUAAAAAGAUGGAGGAGACUAUUUUAGAGCUACAAAAAAGUUUAGCCAAUCAAAAACAGAGAGAGGAAGCCUUGCUGAAUGACUUGGACGUGACGGGACAAGCCUUUGAGGACAUGCAAGAACAAAAUACUCGUUUACUUCAGCAGCUACGGGAGAAGGAUGAUGCUAACUUUAAGCUCAUGUCAGAGAGGAUCAAGUCCAAUCAGAUCCAGAAGCUUCUGAGGGAAGAGAAAGAUGUGCUGACAGAACAAGUGGUCACUCUACAGUCCCAGGUGGAGGCACAGAACCUGGUGGUCAGGAGUCUGGAAGAGAAGGAGAGGCUCCUACAGAACAGCCUGUCAACUGUGGAGAAGGAGCAGGCGAUAACACAGCAAGCCAUGGAAAUGCAUAAACGAAAAGCUGUAGAGAGUUCCCAGACAGCAGCGGACCUGAAGCUUCACUUAGAUAAGUACCAAGCCCAGCUGAAAGAGGCGCAGGUUGCUGUGGCUGAGAAAACAGCAUCUCUAGAGCAGGAAGUCUUCAAGUAUAAGAGAAUGCAGGAGGAAGUUGCGAAACUGAAUCGUAAACUUGAGCGCAGUAAGAAGAUAGAAAUGGCAGGUGCAGCAGAUGAAGUAUUAUUAGAAGAAAUCAAAGAAUAUAAGGAACAAUUGACCUGUCCUUCAUGUAAAGUCAACAAAAAGGAUGCUGUACUGACCAAAUGUUUCCAUGUGUUUUGUCUGGAAUGUUUGAGGACACGCUAUGAGACGAGACAGAGGAAGUGCCCCAAAUGCAAUGCUGGGUUCGGUGCCAAUGACUUCCAUAGACUGUAUUUGUCUUAGGGUUAGAGUUACUUCUAACACUUGCAUCAAGUGUUGGCCACACACACAAGGACACACCAAGUUUAGUGACAGUUGUUCUCCACAGGUUGAGCACUAUUGUUGUUUUAUCAUACAGCUAGCAUCUUUACUGGACCUAGUACAGGUGGCACUGACUAAUCAAGAUAAGACAAAAUGUCGCAGUCAACCUGCAGUAGUAGAAACAAAUUCAUUGAUUUCUGUUUUAUAUGGACUGAACACUAACUGCACACAAGCUAAAGCCACCCCAUCAAGUUGCCAGCCGUAGCUUAGAGUUCAGGCAAAAAGUGGAUGUUGUAUAUUUGUUAAAGCCAGGCCUGUGUUGUUGAACUCAGAAAAAACUAGUUCUUGUCAUGUUGGAGGGUUCAUUCAUGGCCAUCUUAAAUUCCUGUAUUUCUAAAAACUUCUUCAAAUGGAUGUACUUUCGGCAGGAUAUGAGGAAAAGUGAAAGUUAAAUCACACUUCUCCACAGUAUAGAAUAUCUUGCUAUAAAUUGUUUGCUCUAAACAAUAACAUCAAUUUUUUUUUCAACCCUUAUUGUGUUACGUACUUCAAUAAAAAAUGCAUGUGUUCUCUGUUGAUGUUAGUUAGGUUGGAAAAACAUUGAAAUUAUUGUUUAAUACACAUUUUGAUAAGUUAAAUGAAACUGAUAACAAAUCUUUUUUUCCAUAUGGUAAAUUAUACAUGUUGCAAAUUUGUUCACUUUUUGUCAUCAAUUGUUGAAUACAUUUUUUAGUUCACUUAGGCUGUACAACUUUUUAUUUAAAAUUGAGUUGUACUUUUUUUAAUUCCUAGAUCUACUAGAAAAAUUCAAAGAGGACUAGUUGCAUCUAGUUAAGAAGUCGUUACUUUAUGUCUCACAAGUCACAUGACAAGUUAUUAAAGUUAGUUCUGUUAUUCAAGACAGAUAAUUCAUGUGUUAUGUAUGUAAGAGUUGUCUUUGUUAUAUAUAACCUUAUGUAGUAAUUUUCCCAACAUUAUUUGUUUUACCAGAUAUUAUCUUGACUAAGGCAACUCUUGCAUGAAAUUUAUUAUAACUAUUACAGUGAGUACUUUUUUACAAGGACUACUUAAAAAGUUUCACUUUGUUUUCUCAGCUAGCAUUAUACUCUGUAGUCUGUUACAUUUAUUGCCAAUAUUGUUUUCUGCUUAAACUAGGUCAUUUCUUAGGUUAAAAAGUCAGAACUCAAAAUGUAAAGGAACAAAGUUUAGGACUUUCACUGCCAAUUAUUUAUGUUAUUUUAUGAAUAGUGUUAAUGUUGAAUGGUUCAGGUACAUUAAUUUCUGUUGUCUGUUGAUGUAAUGGGGUCAGUUUUGUAUUCUGGUGUUGAGCUUGUGUUUUGUAUUAUAAUGUAAAUAAUGUGUAGUGUUGCCUGUUGGUAGGAACAAGUUUUUUGAGAUGAAUGCUAGCCACUGUUUUACUACCAUGAUGGAUGAAGCAAUGAAUAUAUUGUUACUCUGUGUUCACUCUCUUUCUUAUUUCGUCCUAGAACUGUUUCUCAGCAUUGAAUAAAUUUUAUCACUCAUCA